GUAGUUAAAAGAAUCAUGAACAAUGCACUGCAAGUACAACAGGAAGAAGAAGAAAUGGCCGGAAAAGUGAUGGCAAUGGCGGACGGAAAUGCGUUGACUCCGGAGGCGGAUUGUCAGCCUUUGACCCACGAGCGCAAAGUCCGAACGGACCUAGAAACUCACCUUCCUAAACCUUAUUUGGCAAGAGGAUUGGUAGCUCCAGAUACCGAACAUCCGAACGGGACGUUAGGACACAGGCACUACGACAUGACUGUUCUCCAGCAGCAUGUUUCGUUCUUCGAUCAUAAUAACGACGGAAUCAUUUACCCCUGGGAUACCUAUUCCGGUAUGCGUGAAUUGGGGUUCAAUAUGCUGAUAUCCUUUUUGGCUGCUGUGUUUAUCAAUAUGGGGAUGAGCUAUCCCACCCUCCCCGGGUGGAUUCCGUCGCCUUUCUUCCCUAUAUACAUCUACAACAUACACCGGGCAAAGCAUGGAAGCGACUCGGCGACUUACGAUACUGAAGGAAGAUACAUGCCGGUUCACUUUGAGAACAUGUUUAGCAAGUAUGCGAAAACGGUGCCAGACAAGCUCACACUCGGGGAGAUUUGGAACAUGACCGAAGGGAAUCGAGUAGCAUUUGAUCCCUUUGGAUGGACGGCAGCGAAGAUGGAGUGGGCGAUCCUGUACGCACUUGCUAAGGACGAGGAAGGUAUGUUGUCGAAGGAGGCGGUUAGGCGGUGUUUCGAUGGCAGCUUGUUCGACUAUUGUGCCAAGAUGAACAGGACAGCACACGGAAAGAGCUACUGAAAGAUGUUAUGAAAGUGUGUUGUAUAAUUAUAUGUGUGCUUUGAAGUUGGUUGUAUAGUAGCUAAAAUAAGAGACUACAUUGAGGAAAUAAGUUAUAUAUAAGAAGAAAAUGAUGUUAAA